AACCGAGUCUUCUUAUAUAUCUAGUCCUUGUCUGUUCAGAAAUCCCUUAGAUGUGCAUAAGUUCUAGAAAUUAAGUCCGUUGGGGAAUACUUGACUGAUGCCAUCUGCUUGAGAAGAUUCACCGGUUUUGACUUCCCUUUUAUCAAAUAUGUUGUCGGAGUUAGUCGCCGCCAAGUUGACUUGGCUGGCGGUGGUCACUGGCAAGGCGGUCUUAUGGAUCGCUGUGAUUUAUCCCUCACUAUUCCUGGUUGGACCUAUUAUCGCAGCGUCCGUUAUGCGAAUAUCCUACCUUGUUCGUGGUAUUCCGCCUGGUGGCACGCCUCUUGCAGGCAAGAAAGAGAUCACUUCGUUUAUCUCCGAAGAUGAUGCGGCUGAGAUGAAGAGGAGAAACAUCGACCCGGAUCUCCCGAUCCUCAAGCGCAUCGCCGCAGAGUCUGUCACAUACACCGGUGGACUCCCUGCCGUACUGCUCCAGAUCGCCCAGGAAGGGGUUGGAAAAGGCGUGGGUCGCCACAGCAACUUCUCGACCCGUCUCCUCGAACGCACGCAGAACACGGCCAUCUUCAUCUACGUCAUGGUCUUCGGCAACAAUACCGAGCGACAGAUGUUCCGCACCUUCGUAACCAUGGCCCACAAGAAGAUCAACGACAAACGUACGAAGAAUACCUACGAUGCGAUGGAUCCCAGACUGCAGCUGUGGGUCGCCGCCACCAUGUACGCCACCAUGCUAGACAGCUACGAGAAAGUAUUCGGCCGCCUUCCAGAACACGAGCAAGAGCAAGCCUUCCAGGAAUUCUCCAUCUUCGGCACCUCCCUGCAGGUGCCCCUGACCAUGUGGCCGCAAGACCGCGCGGCCUUCCAAGCCUACUGGGACGACAUGGUCGCGAACCUCCACGUCCCCGCCGAGGCCUACAAGACGACACGCGAUCUCUUCCAGCCGAAGUAUAGCAAGCUCCCCCUCGGACUCGCCGUGCUCCUCGCCUUCACGCGACCGCUGACCCUCGCCGUGGCGACCGAGGAGCUGCCGCCGCACGUGGCAGUGCAGUUCGGGCUGACAAGCUCGUGGCGGACGAAGUUGCUGCACGGUGCGUUGCAGGGGUUCCAUAAGCUGACAUUCCCGUAUUAUCCGGCGUUUGUGCGGCAGUGGCAGAAGAAUUAUUAUUUGUGGAUGAUGAGGGAGCGGAUGACGAAGAAGGGGAUGACGAGGAAUGGGCGGCAUAUCUCUACGGAGCUGUUGGGGGCAUAGAGACGUGCGAAUGGCAUGGCAUGGAUAGAUGUAUGUUUUUUAUGCGAUACAUAGGAGGGAUAAGCGACAGGUGCAGUAUGAACCUUAAACUGUGGGGGGCCGCAGGAUGAUUCGGUCGAUGUUUGUUUAGCUUUCGCAAUAGAUUGCAUUGUAUGGUAUCCAAGAUCGCUCAUCUGACAUCCUAUCUACCUCCAUUUCCGUGACAGUACCGUCAUAUCCAUGAACGGUAGGUCGGAUACAAACCCAACCGGUUGCAUCCCCGAACUGUACCGAGGACCGCCGCUAAUAAACAUCAUAUCAUGCAAGCAGCCAAACAGUGACAGGCC